UGCACUGUCAGAUUUGUUUCACAGAUCCCACGGCAAAAAACGUUUGCAUUUAUGGCUACAUAAUAAAUUAAGUAAUUUAAGUGACAAUAAAACGUUAAAACUUAUUUAAAGUUAGCUUUCCAUUUGGGCAAUACGUACGCAAGUGCUAAAUGAUUCUGAUUCUUGCUUCGGAUGAAUCUGCUGUGAUCUUAGAUUGUUAUUUUGUCUGAUGAGUUGCGAGCGCUCGUUUUUAUAUGCUACUGAAAUGGACUGUUUUUGCGUGUGACACGUUCUUGAUGCAAAUACGUAAGCUCACUUUGAGGAAGUUUGUUUGGGAAAGCGGACACCAUACGAAUAUAGGUCCUGUCGGUGGUCGAUCUCGUUGUCUAUCCUCGGUAGCAUUCGUUGGCUUGUGGCAAUCAGGGCAGCGUUAGUAGUGCGCUGAUUGGGAUUUUCCAGUCAGAAUCCGAUCCUGGACUCCCGAUACCUCCUGUCAGCAGCGGCCCCCCUGACUGCAAGGCGGCCCCCCAGAGGCAGCGGUAGCAGCAUGUCGCAGCCGAGUCGCUUCGGCUCGACGAUGAAAUCCUACAUUAUGCCUGAAUCACAGCCGAUCGAGUCCCUCUCUUCUAACGCCUCGACAUCCUCGGGAGAAGGGGAGCCUUGGGAGACGGAACCCCCCUUGACCGCCGCCCAGGCCCGUCUGAAAUCACGGGAGCUGUUGGUGAAGGAGCGUAUGCGGGCGCGCUUAAAAGAGUACAGCGACCAGCGGCCCUUUUACUUGUUCGUGACCACCUGGAACGUCAACGGCCAGCUGCCGCCCCGAGAGGCCGACGCCCUGGACGCCUGGCUGCGGCCACCCCCGGACUGCCCCCAGCCCCCUCACUUUUACAUCAUCGGCUUCCAGGAGCUGGACCUAGACAAGCGCGCCUACGUUCUGGAGACAUCGCUGAAGGAGCAGGAGUGGAGGCGGGCGGUGACUGCCUCCUUGAAGCGGAUGGGGGAUUACCGGUUGCUGCGACUCGUACGGCUGGUGGGCAUCAUGCUGCUGGUGUACGUGCUGGAGCCACUGGCACAGCACGUCAGCAACGUCUCCGCGGCCUUCAUCGGCACCGGCAUCAUGGGCUGGAUGGGCAACAAGGGCGGGGUGGGAGUGCGGCUGGACUUCCACACCAGCGAGCUCUGUUUUGUCACCGCCCAUUUCGCCGCCCACACUGAGGAGGUGGAGCGCCGCAACGAGGACUACCGCGCUGUGUCCAGCAAGAUGUUGUUCACGCACAUGGAUCUGCAGGCGCAAAACGCCGGUGACUGGAUUCCCAAGCGCAUUAAGGAGCACGACCUGGUGCUUUGGCUAGGAGACUUCAACUACCGCAUCGCCGCACUGCCCCACGCCGACGUGGUGGCUCACAUCGACCAGCAGCGCAUCGUUGAUCUGCACGAGCACGACCAACUGCGCCAGCAGAUGGAGCAAAAGCGCGUCUUCCAGGGCUUCCGCGAGGGUGCCAUUCACUUCCGACCCACCUACAAAUACGAUGUGGGCUCCGACCAGUGGGACUCCAGCGAGAAAAGCCGCAUCCCCUCUUGGUGCGAUCGUGUGUUGUGGCAGGCUCGCGAUGACGCUUGUGUGCAACAGCGUGUGUACGACAGCCGGCCUCAGCUACGCAUCAGCGACCACAAGCCGGUGGUGGCGCUAUUCGAAGUGGGCGUGCGCGUGGUGGAGCGGGCGCGGGAGAAGCGUGUCCUUGAGGAUGUUCUCAAGAUUAUCGACCGCGAGGAGAACCUCCUGCUUCCAGCUGCCACAGUACAGCCCUUCGAUUUCCAGCUGGGCGAUGUGACCUUUCUCCAGCUGGUGAAGCGCUCAGUCACAAUCCACAACACCGGCCAGGUGCCCCUGGUCUUCGCUUUCACGCCGCCACCUGCCCGCCAAAGCAGUCGCAAGGUCUGCAAGGACUGGAUCAACAUCGCGCCGCGCACCGGCAAGAUCUCACCCGGUGAGACGACCGACGUGGAACUGGAAAUCGAGGUCAAUCGCAAAACGGUGCAGCAACUGACCACGGGUGCUGACCAGAUUGACGACAUCUUGGUGCUGAAGCUGCAAGGUGGACGAGACUUUUUUAUCUGCGUCCAGGGCCGCUACGUGCCCUCCUGCUUUGGCACCUCGCUGCAACAACUAGCCCAGUCUGACCAUCCCAUGCGUGCCGUCGCACCACCCACCGUGGAGCUUCUCAUCAGCUUCGAUCAAGAGUCCGACGCCCACUCCGCGGCCACGCCGCCUGACCACUUUCCUCCGCCGGCCGGUAUUCCCGUGGAGAUAUGGCGCAUGUUGGUGCACCUUCACGUAUCGGCUACAGAGAUAGCCGAUUUGUUCCUUCAACCGGGUCUGUCGCAUGAGAUGGAGCAGAUCCGCGACCACUUGGACGCGCGGCUGCCUUUGCCGCUCCCGGGCAGCGGCCACUCGGUGGCGGAGGCUCUGCUUCUCUUCCUCGACGUCCUCCCGGAGCCUCUGGUCCCUUUCAGUCAGUACCACAGGUGUUUGUCCGUGGGCGCCCGCUGGGAUAGCUCUCGCGCGGUAUUACAGGAGUUCCCACUGGUUCACCGGGAGACUUUCAAAGCGCUGAUGGUGCUGCUGCGGGAGCUGCACAAACAUUGGCAGCGCCAUCCUAACGGCAACACCGGCACGCUGGAAGUCAUCGCCGACAUGAUACUGAAGCCGGCGCCCGACGGUGGCAAGCCCCCCGCUCCCAUGGUCGAGACGGGCCGUGCCACUAGCAACGCGCCCGUGCAGGCCAAACAGGCUGCCUCCCGGCAGAAGGUGGCUUUCCUGCAACAGUUCCUGCGUAACCGGAUGGACGACGAGCCUGUUCUUCCACGUUCCCUGAGCGUGCCGAUUCCGCCGCCCCCGGUGCCGCCUGCCGAUAGUUUUGAGUCUUGGUCCAUAUUUUGAUCCUCUUCCAUCCAAGGAUCAGCUAGGCAUUUUCGCUGUGAAUUUAGAUGUGCGUUCCUUUUUGGUCCGGGUGGUAUUGUUUGUAUUAGAUGACUUAUUCAGGUAUUUAUUCUGUAGGUGACGGCAACUGCAGAGUGCAGACAAAGUAUUCGGUGCAGAGUCAGUAAUUUGUCGAUUUGCAUGCUGCGCUGUUGUGUUUUUUGACACUUUACAUUUUUACUGAUAGUUUAGUGCUUUAUAAUUUUUGGCUUCUGUAUGGCAGCGGUGCGAUUAAACUGAAAAAAUUGC